AUGGCGGGCAAUGACACCGCAAAAGCCGGGAGCUUCUUGGCCUUUCUCGUUGGGGACAUACAAGAAUCGACGUCUUCGUAUGUCACCGUGGCGGUACUGAUGGGUAUCGCGAUACUGGUUCAUAAAUUCUCUUCGCCCGAGAUGGACGCACGCGAACCACCGUCGAUGAAGCCUCGGAUUCCGGUUAUCGGACACCUAAUUGGGAUGAUCCGGCACCAGAGCAGCUACUUCAAGACCUUAGAAAACCGCAAGAUGGCAGCUGCUACUCUGCCGAUAUUAAAUGGCAAGGUCUACGGCAUCUGGGACCCGGUGCUGAUUCAAUCAGUCUACCGAAACCGGGACUUGUCUUUCGAGCCGUUCGCUGUGGAAUUCGCACAGAGGGAACUCGGUUUCAAUAACGCGACCCUCAAGAUUAUCCAGGAAAGCACUCUGGUGCCUGAAUUCUUCGAUGGCAUCCACAAAUCCAUGACCGCGGACAACCUACACCGGAUGAACGCCAACGCGCUUGCCUACGUGUCUAACGCGCUAGACAAUGUUUGCAAGGGCUCUGCAGCGUUCGAGGCGACCAACUUCUUUGUGUGGGUGAGAGACUUGAUGACGAUGGCUACGGCUGAGGCCCUCUACGGCCCCAACAAUCCAUUGAGAAAGGAUGCCAGCUUGAUGGAGGAUACAUGGAUCUUCGAAGCAGAUCUGCCAAUUUUGAUGCUCGGAGUUGCGCCGUCCAUCACAGCGAGAAGAUGCUACAACGCGAGACAACGGCUCCAAGCGGCCUUGUCCGAUUAUUACGGCAACGACAGAGAUUACCACGAGGAUGCGUCCCAAAUCGUCAAGAACCGCGCCGCGGCCCUGCGGAACCAUGGUAUAUCUGGCGAACAGGUUGGUAUUUUUGAGCUUGCCCUGCUCCAUGUCGCGACAUCCAACACGAUCCCUACCUUGUUCUGGUUCAUGGCAUACGUAUUCAGUCAACCUGAGCUAGUGGCCCGCUUGAGAGACGAGGUGUUGCCAGUGGCCCAGCGCAGCGGCAACGGCGAAGUCACUAUUGACAUCGGGACGGUCGACGAACGGUGCCCGCUGCUCGUCAGCUGCUACCGCGAAGCCAUCCGAAUGUCAAACCAGGGCAUGGGCAACCGGAGGGUGAUGGAAGACACAACCAUUUCAGAUGGCAAGGGGCGGACGUAUCUCUUGAAGAAGGGGUGCAACGUGCAAAUGUCGGCGCAGGUCACCCAUCGCUUGGAGCAGUCCUGGGGCCCGGAUAGCGCGAGUUUUGUGCCGGACAGGUUUGUGGUGAAGAGCGGCAAGGAGAACGCGGAAUCGGAAAAGAUGAAGAGAGCCUCGUUCAUUGCGUUUGGCGGUGGGAGGCACCUGUGUCCGGGGCGUAACUUUGCAUUUGCAGAGAAUUUGGGGUUCGUAGCGUCGUUGCUGGCAGGAUUCGAUGUUUCGCCCCUGGACGAAAACAUGAAGGAGACGCACAGCGUUCCUAUACCAGCAACCUGCUCAAUGACAGGUGCCGUUGUGAAGCCUGCGGACAAUGGCGCGGGAUACGGGGUUCGAGUCCGGAGGCGAGAAGGGUGGGAAAAUGUGAAGUGGCGGUAUAUUAGCUAA